AUGAUAGAAAACUCCACGGAUGUCUAUUCAUCAAACCCAAGUGAAUUUAAAGCUUGUGUAUUCUCUUUCAAAGUGUUAAUAAAACGUUCUAGAUUUUUGAGGUUAGGACAUGAAAUAGAAAAGGUUCCUGUUCUAAAAUACUCAACAGAUAAUGAAACUUUUGAAUGGAAGUUAACUCAUUGUUUUGAUGUAUUAAACUAUCAAAAGAAAAAUGAUUUUUUGGCAGCCGUGCGCACUCGGCGUGGAUUGACUACGGCAGACAUUGGUAUAGAUGGCACAUCUAAAGCUAUAUUUAUCAACGAUCAUUUGACGCCACACAACAAGACCCUAUUUAAGCAGGUUCGAAAGCUGGAGUCCUGGCUUAAUGACUCCUUUUAUGACUCAGAAUACUUUGAUAGGCGUUAUGAAACAUUUAGAUGUGAUCGUGAUAUGGCUGCCAGUGGUUGUAGUCGUGGAGGAGGGCUUGUAAUUGCUGUACGUAGCGAACUGUUCCCCACCGCCCGUUUAGAAUGGUGCGCGCCACCGCCAGCAGACGAGCUGUGGGUGAGCAUACCAUUGCGCGGCCGUUGCAAUCAUUCGGUCGCGACAUGUCGAUCCUAUGACGUCAUUCCAUCUUAUUUACAUUUGGCAUGCGUUUAUGUGCCGCAUGGCACAAGGCACGAAUCCCAACUUAAUUCCUUUUACGAUCGCACGGUGGAAAUUAUAAAUUCAAAUUCUAAUGAUAUUUUCAUUCUUCUUGGAGAUUAUAACAUAAGUAGUGCUGAUUGGGUGCCGGAUACUGAAUAUGGCGGUAUGACUAUUUGGCCUAGUGAUAAUAGUUUAGUUUCAUUAACAUCUGAUUUUAUGAAUUUAUCCUUUCUUCAACAGUAUAACCACAUAAUUAACUAUAAUAAUCGCUUGUUAGAUCUGGUGUUCUGUAGUGUGCGCUGUUGCAUUAAUAUGGUGAAUAUGCCACUUGUGAACUCUCGUUUGCGUAAAUUAGUAGCCAGUACUUUUGGGAACUAUGUGGCUUUCUCCAACGAAAAAAUAAAAGAAAACCCUAAAUUCUUCUGGCCAUAUGUAAAAUCUAAAAAGGUAUCCGGUGACCUUCCACAGAGCAUGGUUUAUAAUGACUCCGUACUCACGAAAGGGAAACUCUUGGAAAAAAUAGUUUCAGAUCAGUUAUCGUAUUUUAUCCGACAUCGUUUAUCCACUAUGCAGCAUGGUUUUGUUAACUCUCGCAGCGUUGACACCAAUAUGAUAACAUUCACGGAGUUUGUUCUUCAGGCUAUGGAUCAGGGUAAACAGGUGGAUGCUGUGUACAGCGACUUCUCAAAGGCGUUUGAUAAAAUUUCUCAUAACUUGCUUUUACAAAAACUUUGGACCCUCGGUGUGCAUGGUAAUCUACUUAGAUGGCUCGAAUCUUACAUUCGCAAUCGUAGUCAAGCUGUUUGCGUUAAGGGUUAUUGUUCCGCCUUUUUGUCUAUUCCAUCUGGAGUUCCGCAGGGCUCUCAUCUUGGGCCUUAUGCAGACGACACAAAAUUAUACAAAGUUAUACAGCGUGGGCUGCAGAGCGAUUUGGACUCUUUAACUAAAUAUUGCAGAGAUAAUAAAUUAUUCCUUAAUGCUGACAAAUGCCGUAUCAUUAGUUUUUCAAGAAAACUAUCAACAAUUACAUAUCCUUAUAAGAUUAACAACAUGGAAUUGGUGCGAGUUGAUAGUAUUAGAGACUUAGGAAUAAUAGUGGACAGUAAAUUAUCUUUUAAAGCACAUUACGACCAAAUAGUUAAAAGGGCAUUUCGUACUCUCGGAUUCAUCAUUAGAAUAUCUAAGCCCUUUAAUAACCCUCAUACCUUAAAAAUUCUUUUCUUUUCUUUUGUACGCUCUAUUUUGGAAUUCGGUAGUGUCAUUUGGAAUCCUUUUUAUAAACAAGAUAUAGCCCGUCUAGAAAAGGUUCAAUUUAAAUUCAUGAAGCUGGAGAAGUGCAAUAUUCUGAAAAAUCUAAAGGUGAUCUCUUUGAAAUAUACUGUUUUAGUUAAUACCGUACCGGGUGUAUAUCAAUGUUUUGCAAAAAUGGACCAGGAGAUCAUAGAAUUGAGGUCAGUGUUGAGGUCGCUGGUGGUGUCGAGCCCUACACAAGUGGACGUGCGAUCGCUACUCCGCGACUACCGCAAUAUGAUGGGUUCACCUAUUCCUUUAGCCAAGUAUGGCUACCGAGACCCACUUCUAUUCCUCAGAGAACGCUGCGGUGACUGUUUUCUUCUUACAGGCCCAGCUACUAAUCCAAUCUUGACUCUUAUUGUACCCGAUACUUUGAAACACAUUGAUCAAUUUGUGCAGAGACAGAAGUUGUCAUCUACUGUCAAACACAAAGGAAAACGAAGAAGUGUUCCAGGUGUAUUGAGUGCAAAACCACAGUCUAAUCUGAUAGCAGAUACAUUCAAACCAAAUGUUACCAAAAACAAUAGAGUGAAUCGUGAACCAGUGAGAACUAAAGAGCCAACAAGUUAUUCAUCAGCUACAGAACAAACAUCAUUAAAGACACCUGCAUCCAAAAUUUUACCUAUCAGUAAAUCAUUAGCGAAUGUUAACAUAAGUGACAAAGAAAAUAAACAAAAAAAUAGUGCUCUCACAUCAGGCAAACCGGAACACGAGUACUGUUCCAGUGCGUUAGAGAAGUUCUUGAAGAAAAGACUGCCAGCAUAUAGUGAGACGUCUCUCACAGGUAACGAUCACUCUUGUGAAAAUGAACAAACUUCAUUGAAAGAUGAUGGUGAUUCUGGCAGACAGACUUCUUCGAGUAACAGUUCUUCCAAAGCGGCUCGUCUCGAAGAGUUGAAGACCGAAAUAAAAGACUUGAUAGCCGAUCAUCCCGAAGGAGUUCCGUGCACCGAUCUGAUCAGGUUGUACAGGGAGCGGUACGGGCGCGAACUGGACUUCAGCAGGUUCGGGUACACGAGUAUCCUGAGCGUGGUGAUGGCGCUGGACGGCGACGUGGCGGUGAGCCGCGCCCCGGACUCGGGCGAGUGGGUGGUGCGGGACCCGGCCGCCCCCGCGCCCGCCCCCGCCCCCGCGUGCGCCCCCGCGCCCCGCCUGCGCGCCCGCGCCCCGGCGGCGCGGCCCCCGCCCGUCAUAGACCCAGAGGACGCUCUCCCCGGCAUCGACUUUGACCCGGACGUGUUCCCCGCGGACUGCAUGCACUUCAUGGACAGCAUCCCGGCCGCGUCGCUGGCGGAGCUGGAGGCGGGCGCCAUGCUGGAGGUGGUGGUGGGCGAGGUCUACUCGCCGUCGCACUUCUGGCUGCUGCGCCUCGGGCCCGACCACUACCAGCGCAUGGAGGAUAUCAUGGACGAAAUGACGUCAGUUCCCCUCGCAUACAUUCGGGAGUGGUCAUUCUUGGACGCGCCACUUAAUCGUCUCUCGAAACGUAGGAAGUACUACACGUGGGGCGCCGGCCGCGACCGCUGGCUGCCGGCGGGCGCGCUGCGCGUGGGCCACUACUGCAGCAGCGUCUUCGAGGGCGACUGGCAUCGCUCGCUCAUCGUGCGCGUGCUCGACAGCGAGACGGUCAAGGUACGCCGGACUCACUUCGCCGCGGAUUCGGGGACGGACGAUCGUCUCCCGCGGCAGGAGCCCCGAGCGUCCUCGAUCUCGACUGAAAAUCGUAUCAUCGGUCACUCGGGAGCUCUCUCUCAGAUUCUCGAAUAUUUUAAAUAUAACGGGCGAGGCCGACGUCGGUUUACGAUUUAUCGGGUGCGCCACGUGGACUACGGCACGGUGGAGACCGUGCGCGCCGCCGCGCUCAAGCCGCUGCUGCGCGAGUGGGGCGCGCCGGGGGCGGGGGCGGGGGCGGGCGCGGGGGGCGCGGGGGCGGGGGCGGGGGCGGCGGCGCAGGCGGUGCGCGCGCGGCUGGCGGGCGUGCGGCCGCCGGCGGGCGGGCGGCGCUGGCCGCACUCGGCCAACCACCACUUCCUGAACCUCGUGCGCGACAAGCGGCUCUACGCGAACGUCGUCGGCGUCGACAGAGAGGUAUCCUUCUCGUUCGUUUUCCUUCCGCCGAUCUCCUCGUAUAUCCUCUGA